CAGAAGCCCAGGUCUUUUAAUGUCAAGCCCUGUAAUGUGUUUUGGCUUUUAAGUGAAGGAGUGACGGGCUUGUAAUUUGAGCGUCUGACCGGGGGUAUUAUUAUCUAAACCUAGCACAGAGUCUGAACGGUCCAGAUGUUCAAACAGAAACCAGGAAGGACACGGCGAGGGUCUGUGUGUCUCACGCCUGUUGAUUUAGGCAAAAACACAGGCAGGAAAGCGGACUGGAAAGUUGCGAUAUCAAACCGAGGACGAUUCUGUGUGAUUUAGCUGUUUCUGCGUCGGGAGUGCGCGGUGUUUGGCGCUCUGGACAUGCGUGGGGCUGGAGCAGGAGGGCUUGUCUAAAGUUUGAACAGCAGAGCUGAAGGUAGCCUACUGUCGACUGUGAUAAGACAGAGAUGGCUAUGAUGGCUUCCCCUCUGUUCCUACUGAUAGUCUGUCUGCUCUCGUUGCGAGUCGGAGAGGCUUUCUUUGCGGGACCCCUGCACCCAGAGAUGUCCAACGGCACCUUUCAUCAUUAUUUCGUGCCGGAUGGCAACUACGAAGAAAACGACGAUCCCGAGAAAUGUCAGAUGCUGUUCAAAAUGACCGACAAUCGCAAAUGCACCCUGGACGAGGACCAGGACUCGGUGAUCCGGGACGAUUUUAUCAUCAUCAAGCGGCACAUCGAGGACGCGGCGAGGGUGCUGGAGGGCAUCGGGAAGAGCAUCUCCUUCGACCUGGACGGAGAGGACAGCUACGGGAAAUACCUGAGACGGGAGACGACCCAGAUCAGCGAGGCGUUUUCUAACUCCGAGAAGUCUCUUCUGGAGCUGGAGGUGAAAUUCAAACAGAGCCAGGAAACUGAGCUGAAAGAGGAGCACAAGAUCAACGACGACUUCCUCGACAUGAUCGUGCACACGCGCGACGUCUUGAAGGAGACUCUGGACAUCUCGCUGGGACUGAAGGACAAGCACGAGCUGCUGUCGCUCAUCAUCCGGAGUCACGGGACCCGGUUGAGCCGUCUGAAGAACGAGUACAUGAAGGUGUAGAGAGGACUGUCUGUCUGCCUUCAGGAGCCUACCCAGGCAAACCCUUACCCUAUGGCAAGGCUUUUUAACAUUCAUUCCUUCAAAUGAAGUGGGCUAUAGUAAUUUACUUGUACUUGUUUUUAGUAAAUAGUCAAUUUUCCCAAUAAAAUUGUCCCAAUCGUCUUUAAGUAAUAGUACUGAAGCUAUAUACUGCACAUAAUUAUUCAGUUCAAAUUAAUUUCUAUGAAACACUAGGGUCAAUCCUAUCUCUUAUUAGUAAUAUAUAGGCUACUGUCUCACUAGUAACACAACACACACUGGUCUAACAAAUGAAGCUGAAAUAGUCUACAUUUGUGACCCUGGACCACAAAACCAGUCAUAAGGGGCCAUUUUCUCAAAAGUAUAUUUAUACAUAAUCCGCGAGCUAAA